CUAAUUCACGGAUUGGGAUAAAUGCAGAGACCAAAUUUCCCUCACGGAAUCAAAAGAUAUAUACUUAUACUAACAGUACCAGAGUACCAGACUGUUCCAUUGAAAUAUGUGUUGGUUUGUGCAGGUAUUAACAGUCCAAUGAAACAGUACCCUAAGAAAAUGUUCAUUUCUGCAUGUUUACUUUCAUGUUUAUGCAUGUAUACUCUCAAAGUCUAAGAAGAAAAAAGGAACAAUCUUUGUUUUGCCACUGUUAAAGAAAGUUUGAGUGAUUUUAUUUUUGUAUCUUAUUUGUUUCUGUAGGCUUUUUCCGUGGUGAAUUUAGGGGUGACCAUGAUUGGCAGCUUGAUGCAAAGAAUGCUGUAGAACUUGUUUUAUGAAACUUAAGAAUGAAAAGAAUCCUUGAACUCUUCAUCUGUAUGAAUUCUUUAUCAAGAUAAAACUGUUUUCUUGCUCUGCCACUUCGGUCUUAACAUGCGUCUUCACUCAUUCUCAUUCUCAUUCUACCUAAGUCAACAAGCCAAACAGCAUGGAUUUGUCUAUUUCACUUAAAUAAUCUUAAUUAGUCUUAGAACUGAGGGACCUGUAAGGAGCACAUGCAAUGGCAGACCAAGACCUACUAAUAACAAGUGACCCUGCAGCUCGUCUUAAGCAGGACUACCAAUGGACAGCCGCUACAUCGAAUGUGGAUCACAGGGUGGUGGAUCAUUUCAGGAGGAAGCUUAAAUAUUUUUUCAUGAGUCCUUGUGAGAAAUACUGUGCCAGAGGCCGUAAACCAUGGAAGUUAAUGUUGCAAAUUCUGAAGAUACUUCUAAUCACAGGCCAGGUUUUGUCUUUUGGGCUGAGUAACGAGAUGGUGGUCACCUUCAAAGAAGAAAAUAUCAAGACCUUAAAGCACCUUUUCCUGAAGGGAUAUGAAGAUCAGGACAAAAAUUAUGCUGUGUACACAAGUAAAGAAGUGUAUGCCCACAUCAAUUACAUCAUAAAUCAGUACAUGAACCUGCCAAAUCUCACCGUGGGAAAUCAUGCGUAUGAGAAAAAUGAUGGCGUUUCCACCCCGUUGUCCCUUUGCCAGGAGUUUUACAGACAUGGGAGCAUCUCUCCUGGCAAUGACACAUUUGACAUUGACCCAUUUAUUGAGAAAGAGUGUCUGUCUAUCUACCCUCUGGAACCAGUCAAAGAUGCUGCAAUACAAGACAUGAAUUUUACUCUGGAUUUUAAAAGGCUACUGUCUGUUAAAGUCUACCUAAUUAUCAAGACUAUAAAUCUGCAAACAGUGCGUCACAACGAGUUACCAGACUGCUAUGCUUUCAGGACUGUGAUUUUGUUUGACAACACGGCCCAUAGUGGACGGAUUAAGAUAUCACUGGACAACCAUGUGCAGAUCAAUGUGUGCAAAGACUGGAACAUAUCUGGGUCCUCAGAUAAGGACUAUCACCUCACCCUGAUUCUCACAUUUGAUUCUUUCAUCAUUCUUGCUUGUCUGGUGUCUCUCAUUCUAUGCAUACGCUCUGUGCUCAAUGGACUUCAGCUGCAGUCUGAAUAUGCUAUGUUUUUCCAAAAACACUAUCAGAAGACAGUGUCCAUGUCAGACCGUCUGGAAUUUGUCAAUGGCUGGUAUAUUCUUAUCAUCAUCAGUGACACACUUACUAUUACUGGUUCUGUUAUGAAAAUAGGCAUCCAGACCAAGGAGCUAACAAACUACGAUGUCUGCAGCAUUUUGUUGGGAACUUCGACAAUGUUUGUGUGGAUUGGUGUUUUGCGAUACCUGGGCUUCUUCCAGAAAUAUAAUAUUCUGAUCCUCACCCUGAGGGCAGCCUUCCCAAAUGUGAUCCGCUUUUUAACGUGUGCUGUAAUGAUCUACCUAAGCUACUGCUUCUGUGGUUGGAUUGUGCUGGGACCACACCAUGAAAAUUUCCGUACCUUUAACAUGGUGGCAGACUGCUUGUUUUCCCUCAUCAAUGGGGAUGAAAUAUACUCCACAUUUACCAAACUGCGGGGGAAAAAGUACUUAGUCUGGCUUUUCAGCAGACUUUAUGUGUACACCUUCAUCUCCCUGUUCACAUUCAUGGUCCUCAGUCUCUUCAUUGCUCUCAUCACAGACACAUAUGAGACUAUCAAGCAACAGCAGCAAAAGGGUAUCCCUGCGUCUGAACUCCAGGCCUUUAUUAUGGAAUGCAAGGACUUGCCGGCCUCUGGGAAGUACAACGAUCCUGAGUCAGACUCCUACCUUUUCUUUCCCUGUGCCUGCUGCAGCUGAGAGGUUGGCCUGAGUUCCAGAGGCUUCCAGGCUGAUGUGUCUGUCACAAUUAUUACACCUCUCGGUCAGCAGUAUCAUACCAAACUUAAAAGUGCACUCUGUAUGGUCUGAGCUUGUCUACAUAAAAUAUUAUGAUAUAGUUAGGUUACAUUAAGAUGUAUGUGUAGACUUAAACAGCAAAUGGUGUAUACAUUUAGCUUUGUGCUUGUCUAAUUCCAUAGGCAAUAGUUACAAAAUGAAAACCAAAUGUUGAAACUGACCAAUUCUAGGCUACUGUUAUGUUGUAAUGUAUAUGACAAUUUGCAUAUACCCAAAAUGUGCAUAUAUAUAUAUAUAUAUAUAUAUAUAUAUAUAUAUAAUGAA